AUGGAAGAACUUGGUAUCUAUGAAUCUAACGGUAAACAAGUACACAUUCCAAUAAACAAUAAGGGUAAUAUCAAGCCUAACCAUAAUGAGGAGAAUUCCGAUGUAUAUUUGAAGUUGAAGAAAUUAGAGAAGGAAUUGGACUUGUUGAUGUUACAGGAAGAUUAUAUCAAAGAUGAACAGCGUCACUUAAAAAGGGAGUUAGUGAGGGCACAAGAAGAGGUUAAGAGAAUCAAGUCGGUUCCAUUGGUGAUUGGACAGUUUCUCGAGCCAAUUGACGAGAAUACGGGUAUUGUUUCGUCGACUACUGGAUCCAACUAUGUAGUAAGGAUAUUGUCAACAUUGGAUCGAGAAUUGUUGAAACCAUCGUCAUCAGUAGCAUUACAUCGUCAUUCCAAUGCGUUAGUCGACACUUUACCACCUGAAGCAGAUUCGUCGAUCUCUAUUGUUGGAGACGAGCAAAAACCGGAUGUCACGUAUGCUGACGUUGGGGGGUUGGAUAUGCAGAAACAAGAAAUCAGGGAAGCGGUUGAAUUGCCGUUAACUCAGGGUGAUUUGUAUUCGCAGAUCGGUAUUGAUCCUCCAAGAGGGGUUUUGUUGUACGGGCCACCAGGUACCGGUAAGACCAUGUUGGUGAAGGCGGUAGCUAAUUCAUCCACUGCGUCUUUCAUCAGAAUUAAUGGUUCCGAGUUCGUCCAGAAGUAUUUGGGUGAAGGUCCAAGAAUGGUGAGAGAUGUUUUCAGAUUGGCUAGAGAAAACUCUCCUGCUAUCAUUUUUAUAGAUGAAAUUGAUGCAAUUGCAACUAAGAGAUUCGACGCUCAGACGGGUGCUGAUAGGGAAGUGCAAAGAAUAUUGUUGGAAUUAUUAAAUCAAAUGGAUGGUUUCGAUCAAAAUUCUACUGUUAAAGUUAUAAUGGCAACAAAUAGACAUGAUACUUUAGAUCCAGCGUUAUUAAGACCUGGUAGAUUAGAUAGAAAGAUUGAAUUCCCAUCAUUAAAAGAUAGAAGAGAAAGAAGAUUGAUCUUUUCUACUAUAGCAUCAAACAUGGCUUUAGCUCCUGAGGCUGAUUUAGACUCUUUGAUUAUAAGAAAUGAUCCUUUGUCUGGUGCUGUUAUUGCUGCAAUUAUGCAAGAAGCUGGUUUAAGAGCUGUCAGAAAGAACAGAUAUAUGAUAUUGCAAAGUGACUUGGAAGAAGCAUACACAUCUCAAGUCAAAUCUGGAACUGAACAUGACAAAUUCGAUUUCUACAAAUGA